AUGGCUGGCCACACCAAGUCCCCCAACUGGCUCUCACGCGCCGUCAAGAAAUUGCCCUUUCAUCGCCAUCGUUCAGGGUCAGCCAACAUUUCGGCCGCAAAGCACACUGAUCGCCGUGGCCUUGAGUACGGACACCACGCGCAUCACGCCGCUGACAACAGUUCGCGUGAUUCGUCCACCCCACCCAGCCUGGCCGACACCACUUCGCGCCUCAGUCGUGAAUCCCUCGAGUGUUAUGCCGCUCAGCCCUUUUCCUUGGAGGAAAAAAUGGACCGCUGGGUCGAGCGGACUCCCUUUUUCGCCGACGAUUGGGUCAAGGACCCGUCCCAAUCGGCGCCCUUUUCCCGUCGCAACUCUGCCGUCAUCUUUGUCUAA